GACUGAUUUAAAUUAGACGCAAGUGUAUUUCAUUAUUAAAUCUAAGUAAUAAAUUAAUUUAAUCUACAAGCUGCUACUUCAACAUUGUUGCUUCACUACAAACGAGUUAGAUGGAUGGACAGCCCUAUUGAAAGGAAUGAGCACUUUUUUUACUAAUGACGGAGACAAUGUGUUACCAAUAUUUGACGAUUACUUAUCCAAGUACAUUGGAAACUCAAACAAGCUUGCGAUAUUAAUGGACUAUGACGGAACAUUAACUUCAAUCGCUGGACGUCCCGAAUUGGCUACGUUACCCGUCCAGACUAAAAGAGUUUUGGAAAGAUUGUCGAAAAUGUCAAACGUGUACAUAGCAAUCAUUUCGGGAAGAAACGUAAACAAUGUCAAAGACAUGGUCGGUAUUGAGGGAAUCACUUAUGCUGGUAACCAUGGUCUUGAAAUUCACUUUCCCGAUGGUAGCGAAUUUAAUUAUCCAGUUCCCAAAGAAUAUGAAGAAAAAGUCUCCAAACUGUCGAAAUCUCUCCAAGAUCAGGUUUGUAAAGAUGGUGCUUGGGUGGAAAACAAAGGCCCUACGUUGACGUUCCAUUAUCGUGAAGUACCCUUAGACCUUCAUACUGAACUGGUGUCCAAAGCUCAGUUUUUCAUUGAAAGAGCUGGGUUCAAAGCGAAUCAAGCUCUUUGUGCUGUUGAAGCGAAACCUCCUGUAAAAUGGAACAAAGGGCAUGCAUCUUUGUACAUUUUAAGUAAAACCUUCGGUCUGGAUUGGAGUGAUCACGUCCGCACAAUUUACGCCGGAGACGACAAGACGGACGAGGACGCCAUGCUGGCGUUGAAAGGCAGGGCCGCUACAUUCCGCGUAACUCAGUCUAAUACGGUUAAAACCUAUGCUGAACGCCGUUUGCCGACCACCGAUGCCGUGUUGUCCAUGCUGAAAUGGGUGGAAAGACAUUUCGGCAAACGAUUGUCGCGAGAAGACAGUGUUGAAAACUUUAGUAAUAAUUUACAGCCACAAUCAGGUGAAAUACAAAUAGAACACGACAUACCUGAAAAGAAAUUGUCACUAAAUAACACUAUUUAUCCAUGA